ACACUGGGAACGGGGCCCCCAAGUCCCCGGGAUACCCCCACCGUGGGACACCCAGGACAGGGACACCCCCCCCCGCCUCCACUGGGGCCUCCAGGUCCCCCAGCACCCUCUCCCCUUCCUUAGAUCCUGGGUACCCCCAAAUCCUCAGGGUUCCCCCCGAUUUCCUGGGAUGGGAGUGCCCAUCUUGUGUUGAUCUGGGGGUGCCCCUCUAAAUUUUGGGGUGCCCUGCCAAAAUUUGCCCUGGAAGGUGCCCCCUUCCUUUUUUGGGGUGCUGGGGGGCACUGUUCCCUAAAUCCUCUCCCUCUGGGGUAUCCCCCAAUUCGGACCUUAGAGUGCCCCAAUUCUGAUCUCGGGGUACCCCCCUGUCCCCCCAAAUCCCUCCCCAAAAUUCCUGAGGGGGUUGUUGGGGUGUCCCCUCCACCCACCCCAAACUUUGGGAUGCUGCCUGGGGGUGGUGUCAUUGGGAAUUCUCCCCAUGGAAAAAGGGGUUCUCCACUCCAUUGCUGGGGACCCUCCAAACCCAUCCCUGUGCCCAAAGCGGGGGGUGAGACACCCAAAUCUCACGGGAUGGAGGUAGAAGGGCCUCCCCCCCACCAGCAGCUCUUGGAGUGUCCUUGGAAUCUCGAGGAUUCCUUAGGGAUUAAUUCCCUUAAUUACCCCAUGACUCAGCAGGGGGUAAUUAACCCUUUAUGGGAAUCUUGGGAUCUGAAAUUCCACCUCCAGGUUCCUCAUCCCACAGGGAUUCAUCACCCAGAGUUUGAGAAGCACCUCAUUUAAAGCUUAAUUAACCCUGGAGUUAAUGAGGAAUCCCCCCCCCCUCCUGGCACCUCUGGAGAUUUUAGGGAGAUUCCCAGCUGGGAAAAAGCCCCAAAUCCCAAUUUCAUUCCCCAAAAAGGAGCCUUUGGGAUUGAGGAUAAACCCUGGGGAGUUUUCCAGUGGCUCAGCAGGGCUGGGUUUAGUCCUGGGAUUAAAACCAGGUGGGAUUUCCUUGCUCAAGGUCAGGUCUUGAGCCUCCUCAACUGGAUUUGAGGAUUCCAAAUCCUCUUCCUGAGCCUUUUCCCAGGCACAGGAACGUUCCCUGGGAUUCUUCUUCUUCGUUUUUCCUUUCUCCUCAUUCCAUUUAUUUCCUCUCCAUCUCCAGCCUAAUUCUGGGAGCAGCAAAGCCCCCAGUGGGAUCUUGGCUGGAAUUCUGGCAGCUCUUGGCAGGCAGGAAUUUCCUUCCCCUCUUCCACAUCCAACAUUUUUGGCUGGACAGGUGGGAAUGAGCCUCACACAGGCCCUAAAAUGAUCCCAGGAAUCCAUGAACAGGUGAAAUCCAUGCAGAGAAUCCCUUUUUCCUCAUGGGCUGAGUCACCUCCCGGGGUUUCAGUCGACUCCCAGUUUUCCUUCCUGCUCAUUUCACUUCAGGAAAGGCUUGUUUUUCCUUGGGAAAAGUAGAAUUCCUGGCUGGAAGGUGCCAUGGGGGGAUCACACGUGUCCCACUUGGACACGUGGAGCUGGACAGGGGUCAGGGAAGCGGCUCCAGUGUCCCCUUGGUGUCCCCUUGUCCUUGCUCUGGAGGCUCCUGGGAUCGGGCUGUGCCGGAUGGAGCCACUGCCAAGCUCCGCGCAGGAGAUGAAGCACAUGGAGAACCUGUCCAGCCUGGCCCAGGGCAGUGGCCCCAUGGAAUUCCAGCCCUCGGAGCGGGAGCAGCCCUGGGAGCUCAUCAUGGACAAGAAGCACUUCAGGCUGUGGCGGAGGCCGAUCCAGGGAUCCCACCUGUACCAGUACCGAGUGUUUGGAUCCUACACGGAUGUGACUCCUAGGCAAUUCUUCAAUGUCCAGCUGGACACGGAAUAUCGGAAGAAAUGGGAUUCCCUGGUGAUCAAACUGGAUGUGAUCGAGCGGGACGUGGCCACGGGCUCCGAGGUGAUUCACUGGGUCACCCACUUCCCGUAUCCCAUGUAUUCCCGGGAUUACGUCUACGUCCGGCGCUACAGCGUGGACAAGGAGAACAACCUGAUGGUGCUGGUGUCGAGGGCUGUGGAGCAUCCCAGCGUUCCCGAGGAUCCCGAGUACGUCCGGGUGAGGACCUACGAGUCCCAGAUGGUGAUCCGACCCCACAAAACCUUUGAUGAGAAUGGGUUCGAUUACCUGCUCACCUACAGUGACAACCCCCAGACCGUGUUCCCGCGCUACUGCGUCAGCUGGAUGGUCUCCAGCGGAAUGCCGGAUUUCCUGGAGAAACUGCACUCGGCGGCCCUGAAGGCCAAGAAGAUGGAGCUGGAGGUCCGGGAUUACCUUUCCAAGGGCUCAGACACGGCCCCGGAGCCCUGUGGCCCCGCCCAGCUGGAAUAUGCCUGAGGCACUGGAAUUCUGGGAAUUGCCUCGGACAGGGACCUGUGCUGUGGGAUUUCAGCCCCAUUUUCCCUCCCCAUCCCAUUCCCGAUGCUCAAGGACAGGGAUUUGUUCCCCCUGCUGCGUGUCUGUGGUGGAAUCUGCGUCUCCUGGUCGAUGUUUCCUCAUCCUGACAGGGAAAACCCAUGGAAUUCCCACUUCUUCUGGCAGUGGGUUCUCCCCACUCCUCAUCCCUGCUCAGACUGGAAUGUUUUCGGGAUGCGGUGGCACCACAGGGAUUGGUGAUGGUGCUCCACGUCACCAUUUCCACGGGGUUUUCCCCCCAGAAACAGCCCUUUGAACUCAUCCCUUUGGGAUUUCUGGGACUGGGAGUUGGGAUUACUGGGAUGGGGGGUUGGGAUUACUGGGAAGGGGCGUUUGAACUGGUGAAACUGGGAAAAAAAAAGGCAGUUUUGGGGGGGUUUUAGGGAUUGGGGGGCACUGGUGCUGCCCUGGGUCACCCUGAGCCCCCUCCCCAGUUUGGGGGGUCUCCGUUGGCCUUGGGAAUCUGGGAAAACAGCAGGAGCAGGAAACUACUUAAUAAACAUCUAGGAUCUUCAUUAGCUCCUAAUUAACGACCCCCCUUCUCCCAGUCACCAGUUUGGGGGGGUUUGGGCCCCCCUUUAAUCAUCACUCUAAAUUCUCACUUUAUAAUAAAUUUAUCCUAAUUUUA